AUGAUCCCCAAGGUAAUCUUUAUCCAAGCUCCUUCCACGGACGAUGACGGAUUUGGUUGUCUGGACAAUGGCCUGGAUGAACUGACUCUGGCCAUGCUCAAGAUGGAACACCACGAACUCGAGCAACAAGAGAAGCAGCAAAAGAAGGCCAAGAAGAAGAAGCAAGCUAGCAGCAACAAGCGAUCUUCGAUUACUGACUUGUCCUCCAAGACCAAUCGAUCCAACGGAACCAGGCUAUCCAAUGACAGCAGCAAGAGCAGCUAA